GUCGGGUUCAGUUAGUCGCGGCGAGUCUCUCAACGGCCGUCCGCUGCGGAGUCCAGUGCCCCGCCCCUCCGUUGCCAUAACCACAGUACACGACGCCUCCUGCCCUUUCUCCCUCUUCCCUCCUCCGGAACUCUCCUUCCCCCUCCAAGACCCUCUCCAGAGCUGCUUGUAAUUGAGCAGAGCCAGCCUCUGCGCCCUUCCGCCGGGGGGAUCGGGGCGCCGCCCCGCUCCCCUGGAAGCCAGAGCCGUCAGCAGCGAAGGGAGAUGUCGGAUGAAGAGGACCUGGAAGACUUUGAGCCCGACCAGGAUGAGCUGGAAAGGGAAGACGAUGAGAAGGAGACGGAGGAGUGGGAGGAUGAGAGGAAAGAGGAGGAGGACGCGGAGGAAUGGACGCCCACCGCCCUCACGGAGGACAUGAUGAAGGAAGGGCUUUCUUUGCUCUGUAAGACUGGCAGUGGACUGGCCCACGCUUAUGUCAAGCUGGAGGUUAAAGAGAGGGAUCUGACAGACAUCUACUUGUUGCGUUCCUACAUCCAUCUGCGCUAUGUGGAUGUUUCUGAGAACCAUCUGACAGACUUAUCCCCGCUCAAUUACCUCACCCACCUGCUCUGGCUCAAGGCUGAUGGCAACCGGCUGCGGAGUGCCCAGCUGAUUGAACUGCCCUACCUGCAGAUUGCCAGUUUUGCCUAUAACCAGAUCACUGACACUGAGGGCAUCUCUCACCCUCGUCUGGGCAUCCUGAAUCUCAAAGGGAACCACAUCCGCAUGGUGACAGGUCUGGACCCCCAGAAGCUGAUCAGCCUACACACGCUGGAGCUUCGAGGGAACCAACUGGAAAGCACACGGGGAAUCAACCUUCCUAAGCUGAAGAACCUCUUCCUGGCCCAGAACAUGUUGAAGAAGGUGGAAGGCUUGGAGAACCUAAAGAAUCUCACUACCUUGCAUCUUCGAGACAACCAGAUUGAAACUCUGAGUGGCUUUUCUGAGGAAAUGAAAUCACUGCAGUACCUCAACCUGAGGGGCAACAUGAUAACCAACCUGCAUGAGCUCGCCAAGCUUCGGAACCUGCCCAAGCUUCGAGCCUUGGUGCUGCUGGACAACCCGUGUACAGAAGAGAAUGACUACCGCCAGGAGGCCCUGGUGCAGAUGGCACAACUGGAACGUCUGGACAAGGACUUCUUUGAGGACGACGAUCGUGCUGAGGCCAAUGAAAUUCGUCAGAGGAUGAAGGAGGAGCAGGAGCAGGAGGCUGAGCCUGAGCAAGACACAGAACUAGACCAGUCACUGGUGUAGCAGCAGUUCUUCUAGCCUUCACGAUAGGGAUGAAAGACACUGGCCCCAAGACCCGAGAAGACUCCUAAGCAGGGGCCACCACAGGCACACCCCCAUCCAGAGGCAGA